GCCUCUGCCCUGCAGGUUGUUGACCUUGCCUGUCACGGACAUCUGGAUGAUUUCCUUGGCAUCUAGUCUCCCGUAGUCAGACCUUGACAGAAGAAAGAUGGUGGUCCUUCUAUAUCAAGCUUGGCAUCAACAUAUCUAUGGAGUACAUAUGCAUCAAUAGUAGUUGGUAUAAGUACUGUCUUGUAAUGUCGCUCAGCGCUCAGCACCAGGGCACUUCUUGUAGUCACUCACAUAAUGAACUUCAUUCGAUUACAAUCCAGUGGAUGAUCAGAGUAUUUCCAAAGCAUGCUGGUAAGAUGAUAACAGCUGCUAGAGCGUUACUACAUGGUGGAGCUGUGAGAAGAGAAGACAUAUAGAAGUCGUUGACAUGAGAGCCUUCCAAUACCAAAAUUGCUGUGCAGUUGAUCCAACAACUUUUAUAUCGUUUCCAUCAUCUGCUCUGGGUUUACGCCGUGCAGGCUGUUCCCUGACAUAUUAUUCAACGCUUUGGCAGCGUCGUGAUGCACUCCUUCAUAUCACUUUCCUUUGUUUCUUCGUUGUGUUCGCUUUCUGUCCUUGCUCUCCGAAUCCCAUUCGAUGUCCACGUACACUCAAACACCCAUUUCCCUCGUCAGUCAUCUUCCAGCGGCAUAGUACCUAUCGGGAACACGCAAAACUCAUUCUACUACACCAAUGUCACGCUCGGUGGUCAAAACAUAUCCGUGAUGCUGGAUACGGGAAGCUCUGAUCUAUGGGUGGCUGGCUCAGUACCUGGGGCCACAGACACAGGCGAUUCUUUGAAGCUUUCAUACGCCGUUGGAACAGCUGCUGGCGACAUCUAUACCGCACCUUUUGAAUUUGCUGGGCAAUCUGUCAGCGACCAGGCAUUCCUGCUUGUCACGAAUGUGUCGUCUUUCUCCACAAAUAUAAAUUCUGAAGGGUACGAUGGCCUCAUCGGCCUUGGCCCAAAUUCUGGUUCUUCAAUAUACAAGAAACUCGACGGCAACUCGGGGAACAACCCAAUCAACAGAAUUUUCCAACAGUCGUCGACAACCUCCAGUGACUACAUAACUAUGAUGCUCAGUCGCAAAGGAGACCCAGGGAGUAAUAUCACUGGCCAGUUCACCAUUGGAGAAGUCGUUCCAGGAUUUGAGAACAUCACGAGCAUGCCGCAGUUGUCGAUAGAGAAGGUCUACAAAGUCACAAACGAGGAUCAGCAUUGGCAGAUCAUAACAGAUAAAAACAAUGGCAUCAUUGGACCUGAUGGACAAGCGAUAUCAUAUUCAUCGAUUGUCCCUAAAGCUCCAGACGGUACAAUAGUCGGAGUUUUGGAUUCUGGUUUUACCCUGCCUCAAGUGCCCCGAACGGUGUCCGACGCCAUUUAUGGGCGUGUACAGGGCGCUGAAUGGUCGACCUCAACCGAGGCUUGGCUAAUCCCUUGCGGGCAACUUAUAAACGUUACCUUCAAUUUUGGGGGUAUUUCGUAUCCUAUUCACCCACUCGACGUGGUGUCGAACGACUUUGGAGUGACGUUCGCAAAUGGAGACCCCGCUUGCCUGGGAACGUUUCAACCUGUAACCUCUGCAUUUAGUCUUCUCGGAGAGUAUGAUAUGAUCUUGGGAAUGGCUUUCAUGCGAAACACGUAUACCCUGAUAAACUAUGGAAAUUUCAUCACCGGUGGCUCAAAUUCCAAUAAUCCAUAUGUCCAAUUGCUCCCCCUCACGAACAUCGAAUCUGCUGUCAACGACUUCAUUCAGGUCCGACUGAACGGGCAAAACACAAUCAACUCCUCUCAAUACACCCUGCUUCCUGCAUCACAGCAACAACACUCGCCCGAGAGCGCCACAGAAAAAAAGCAACAAUACGAAGAACUGGUUUUAAGUCGUUGGCCUUAUAUCCUUGUGGGAAGCCUGGUGUUCUUGAUUCUGCUAAUAAGCUAUUGCGUAUGGCGUUGUUGCUGUCGCCGCAAGCGGUUGGCAAAGAAAGCUGCCAAGAAGGCCGCCCAACAGAAGGGCGGGGCUACUUCUGGGAGCAGCUUUAAGACUGGUCCUUACGCGCAGUUGCAGGAUUCCCAGAGCACGCAGAGUCUUGUCAUGCAACCUAUGCGUGCGUCGACCGUCGAUUUCGAGGAGGAUUACAGAAAGGACGCAUUCGCAAGAAGUCACUGAUCUCUGCCAGACGAACUAUAUGUAGUCUAGUAGAUUUAGUCCAUUUCUUCAGCAGGACACUAAUAGUAGCUGGCUACUUCCGUGCAUUGCGUGUAUCCGUAUCUAGCCGUAACUUUGGUAAAUGCUCAGCGCUCAGAUCUCAG